CUGGAGUUUGUUCUAUUAGCCUAUGGAGGCUGAGAAAGACACACCGCAAACAAAAUAUUUCAAAUUCUGAAAGCAGUCGGUCGGACUGAGUGAAGUGGAAUCGGAGCUGAAACACCCAAAGAGCGAUAAAGACGGUGGACCCGCACUGCGUUAAGAGGCUACCGGUGUAGUUUUGUCAAACACAUCAUAUCACGCGAUUUCUGAAGCUGAGCCUGCGAAGUCCUCUUCCCUUUUCGCGUUUUGGAGCGCAGCGGGCAGCUUUUAAUUCAUGCUCUCUUUUUCCUCGGAGACAGGAGUGUGGUGUAUGUUGCCUAGCAAUUAUAAGUUAAAUGGUAUUUUGGAGAACUCAGCAUUAAGAAAAUAAAUAUUGGAGCACCGGACCAGUCGCACAUCGGAAAAACAAUACUUGAGAGGACAGUUAUGAAGAGGGGUUGAGAAAGGACGAUGCAAAGGCUGUCAACGCUUUGAAGUUCGCGAGACCCGACCUCAAUCUCUGACCGACUUUCAAUCGGCCCACUGAAUGAAUUAUUGGAUACUUCGGACGGAACCUGUGAUGUUCGUUUAAUGUACACGGAGAAGAAGAGUUAUUUACAUGUAGGCUAUUAUUAAAACCACGCAAAACGCAGUAGCCUGGAAAGUCCAUUCACUGGAAUAUAUAGCGUUGUAAUACAGAAGGAAAUAGACUACGGAACUACAUAGUACAACAAAUAUUUCCAAAGAAACGUUUGAAUUUCCUCUGAAAUGGACUGACACCGAUCAAACCAAACAUAUCUCGAUAAGAUAAUGACCGGCAAUUUAGAGGCUUAUUGGGACUUCAGAGUUAAGAAAAUUCAUAACGAUAAGUAACUGACUGACAGUUGGUGUUUCAUGUGUGCAAGAUUCAUUCCAAAAGUGGUGUGAUAUCCUCUCUUGUGAUGAUUGAGUAUCCCUACUCUGGUACCGGAGGCAUCUCGUGGUAACACAGUAGCUGCGGCAAGGAAGGAGUGGAGUUUGGAGAUAUCAGCAAAUAAACGCACAGAAAAAAAUGUGGCUGCGAAUUCUUCCGCAGGUGUUGACCAUCUGGGCUGUGGUGAUUUCCGGGACAACGGCUGACCUGACCUGUGAUACACUGCUACUGCUGUCCACCAAUCUCACUGCACGUACAUUGACACUGUGGAAUCUGACCCUCACGCCCAGCAAUGUCACCGCCGGCCUGUUCUGUAACAUGUCCAUCGAUCCCAUCGGUACCUGCUGGCCAAAGAGCACUGCAGGGGAGUGGGUGUCACGGCCAUGUCCAGAGAUGUUCUAUGGCGUCAAGUACAACACCACCAACAAUGUGUACAGAGAAUGCCUUUCCAACGGGUCCUGGGCCGUGAAAGGCAACUACACCCAGUGUCAAGAGAUUCUCAAUGAGAAAAAGAGCAAGCUGCACUACCACAUAGCGGUGAUCAUAAACUACAUGGGACAUUGUAUCUCUCUGGCAGCCCUGUUGGUGGCCUUCAUCCUCUUCAUGAGGCUGAGGAGUAUUCGCUGCUUGAGGAACAUCAUCCACUGGAACCUGAUCACAGCUUUCAUCCUGAGGAACGCCACUUGGUUCGUCGUCCAGCUUACCAUGAACCCUAAGGUGCACGAGAGCAAUGUGUUGUGGUGCCGGCUGGUCACGGCCGCCUAUAACUACUUCCACGUGACAAACUUCUUCUGGAUGUUUGGGGAGGGCUGCUACCUGCACACAGCCAUCGUGCUCACCUACUCCACGGACAAGCUACGCAAGUGGAUGUUCAUCUGCAUCGGGUGGUGUAUCCCUCUUCCAAUCAUCAUUGCAUGGGCCAUUGGCAAGCUUUACUACGACAACGAAAAGUGCUGGUUUGGGAAGAAGGCAGGAGUGUACACAGACUACAUCUACCAGGGCCCAAUGAUCCUGGUGUUGCUGAUCAACUUUAUAUUCCUCUUCAACAUUGUGAGAAUCCUCAUGACCAAGCUGAGAGCCUCCACCACCUCAGAGACAAUACAGUACAGGAAAGCGGUGAAGGCCACUCUGGUGCUGCUGCCUCUCCUGGGCAUCACCUACAUGCUAUUUUUUGUCAACCCAGGAGGGGAGGAUGAGGUCGCCCAAAUAGUCUUCAUCUACUUCAACUCCAUCCUGGAGUCUUUUCAGGGCUUCUUCGUGUCAGUGUUUUACUGCUUCCUGAACAGCGAGGUGCGUUCUGCGGUUAGGAAGAGAUGGCACCGCUGGCAGGACAAGCAUUCAAUCAGAGCUCGAGUGGCGCGCGCCAUGUCCAUCCCCACGUCGCCCACGAGGGUCAGCUUCCACAGCAUCAAGCAGUCAUCAGCUGUUUGAGGACCAACAAAACUCUGCUUUGGCUGAAAGCCCCCGUCUAACCUCUCACCGCCAACCACCCCUCCAACAUGUCCGCCACAGAGCACCUCUUUCCCCUCUUCUCUCCAAACCAACCGAGGGAAAGAGCUACAGUGAUGGUUCACACAGGGUACACUUGGUCUGUAAACACAAAGCUCACAGACCCCCUCCCAGGGAGCGGUGACCUCUGUAGUCUCUCGCCUGCUGAUAUAUUGAGGUACGUUCGCUCAGUGCGUUCCCUCUGAACGCUACGGAGGGUCAGGAUGACAAUGGCCAAACAAAGUAAUGUCAGGAGCUGACUUUUUGCCAAAAGGCAGCACAGGGAAUUGGAACAAUCCCUGUGGCGUUGGCGGAUUCAGUUGAGAGGUGACGUUUGAUGUCAGAUAAAAAAAAAAAACCUGUUUGUCAGUAAAUGUUGUGUUUUUUAUUCUGCAAAUUCCAGAAGUUGGAGUCCAUAUGGAUGGAGUUGGAAUCCAAAUGGAUGGAGUUGGAAUCCAAAAAAAGACUUUGAGAGUGGGAAGAAAAUUAUACUGGAGCACGUGCUUGUAUCAGUGUCAAAUACAUGAUCGCUGUUGGACUGACCUGUUCAAGAUCAUCGACACAACCAUUUGAUUCUUGUUCCUUUGCAUGUUUCUAUUUUCUGUGGAAACAUUUUUGAACUUUGAGUUGGCUAUGCUUGCUGGCGCUGCAAAGUGAAUGACUGCCACGGACCAUUCAUUUCAGGUCUGUCCAUACUACUGUCUCUAGAAAACUUUCUCCCUUUCCUUCCUUCUGUUUUUCUUAUGGAUUAUUAUCUUCACAGAGACCCAUGUUCCCCGAUGUGAAAUCUUUGACCUCCAUUGAAGAUGGAUGCCUUUCCCAUUAUCCCUACAACAACAACCAAGGCAUUGUGCAAGCGGAAAAAGUGAUGUGACUUUAUCCAACACUGUUACUAAUGUGAAUGAGCUGUGAAAAUUGGUACGCACUGUCAAAAUUAUUUUCUGUUGAGUGAGGUUGUAAAAGGUGUUAAUUUUCAACUGAAUAAGCACUCCUUUAUGAAAGCAUUUGUUUUGUUUAUUUCAAAUUCCAAAAUGACCAGCACCGUAAUAAGACAAUGUCCACUUUAGCAUAGCAUUGUUAAAAGCCAGAUUGGGAGAAAUGCCACAUUUUUUUCAAAUAUUUUUUAUUUUUUAAUUGGGCUAGCUAUGUUAAGGUCUGAAAGGAACGUGGAUGUUUUGGUUGAUUCAUCUCUGCAACUUGCGUAACUUAUCUAUACUAAAUCCAGUGGGUACUGAUAAUACUUUGCUGAAAUUCUGCAAAUCCUUUCAUCUUGAGCCACCCAUUAUGAAGGACCAUACAAAAUCUGAUAUUCAUUCCAACUCAUUCCAGAACAUAAAACCAUUUAUAGAUAUUGUCAUGCACAUAGCACAACUUUAUUUUUUAAUUUCACAUUAAUAAGUCAAAGUAACUAGGAAAAGAGGAACACAAGGUCUGGAAGAUGAUUGAGUGAAUGCUGACUUCUUGUGGUUUGUUCUGACAAAGGGGAAUAGAGUGAUGCAUAUUCAGAUAGACAUUGUCUAGACAGGCCCUAGACAGGACCCGUCUCAAAUGUAUUGCAGUAGGAUUCACCUCUCUCUCUCUGAAAAAUAUUGUCGGAGCCCUCCCAAAAAGCUUGUGAACUUGAAGCUUCAAUCUCAGGGCUCAGAGAACCAGUUGGCUUCCACACACAACCCCACACAGCACAGGAUGAAACCAAUUAAGACCAAAGUGUUACUUGGUGUUGUGAAGAUAGCUCGGCCCAGUAGGUAGAGCUCUGAGAGGACUGAGAGCUAUAAUGGCCUCGCCCACAGGGACUUCUCAUCUCUCUCUCUCUCUCUCUCAUUCACUCACUCACUCACUCACUCACUCACUCACUCACUCACUCACUCACACACACACACACAGACCAGCGUGGUCCGCUAAUUAGCUGUACCUGCAGGGAGUCACAGCUAGCUUGGCUGACAGCUAAGAGCCAGAGACAAUUCAGGAAAGAGAGAAGAGUACCAAAGCCUGUAUCCUGACUCCUGUUCCCUGCUGUGCAACGUCUCUAUGAAUGAGCAAGUGAAUGGAAGAACUGGGAAUGAAAUGAAAAGGGCUUUUGUGGUAUAGAUAGAGGCAAGGAUGUGAAAGCAAGGACAGUGAAAGCACCCCCCCAAAACAUCUUCCUGCAGCCAUGCCCCCGGGCCAUAGUGCACAAACAGGGACAGAAAAAGCGAUUGCUAAUUCGCAGAUUGUCGGUCUUGUUGGUUGUGUUCGUUGUUUUGAUGUUUUUCUUAAGGGUUUGAAAGGCAUAGAGUGCUGUUUUUCAUGUAUUUGUUCAUACAGACCUUUGUGCUUAUUUGGAACACAACUAUAUACAGUAUUUUCAACGUCAUGUCAACCCAAAAAUUCUAUGUGAUGUUUAAUCAACGUGGACGACUGAUUGGAUUUGCAAAAAGGGAUUUAUGUAUUUUUUUCACCCAACUUUUAACCUAAAUCCAAUGAUAGGGUGGAAUUUUUGGUUGAUUUCACUUUGAAUUCACGUUAGUUGACAACUCAACCAAAUUAAAAUGAAAACUAGAUAUUGAACUGACGUCAAUACAGUGGGUAUCCGAAAUCAAAAAUGACGCACCCUGUCACAAGAUGCUGUGAUUAUUUUGCAAAGUCAUAAACAAAGCCAACCCUCCGUUGCCAGAUAUUAGAGGUCGACCGAUUAAUCGGAAUAGCCGAUUAAAACUAGGCAAGUCAGUUAAGA